CACCACCAGGAAAUGGACGAGCAGCAGAGACUGCGAUGAUGACGACGACGAUGAUGAUGAUGAUGAGUGUGUAGCAGGCAGGCAGUGAGCAGAACAGGGAGGAGAAAGCACCAAGAGGCAGCGACAACUUUCAGCACUUUGAGAGGGUUUUGUGCAGCAUCAAGACAAGAUGAGCGACGCUAAUCAGCCCCGAGUUGAGCUUUUUGUGAAGGCAGGAAGCGAUGGUCAGAGCAUCGGCAACUGUCCUUUCUCCCAGCGUCUCUUCAUGGUGCUGUGGCUGAAAGGAGUCACCUUCGACGUCACCACCGUGGACAUGAAGAGGAAGCCAGAGAUCUUGAAGGACCUGGCACCGGGGGCCCAGCCUCCCUUCCUGUUGUAUGGCAGCGAGGUGAAAACCGACACCAACAAGAUCGAGGAGUUCCUGGAGGAAAAUCUGUGCCCUCCAAAAUAUCCUCGUCUGGCUGCUUGUAACCCAGAGUCCAACACGGCCGGCAUGGACCUCUUCUCCAAGUUCUCCGCUUACGUCAAGAACUCAAACCCUCAGGCCAAUGAAAAUCUGGAGAAAGGCCUGCUGAAGGCCCUGAAGAAGCUGGACGACUACCUCGGCUCCCCACUUCCUGAUGAGAUUGACGAGAAUAGCGCUGAUGAGGUCACUUCCUCUUCCCGCCCCUUCCUGGACGGCCAAAACCUGACUCUGGCUGACUGCAACCUCCUGCCUAAGCUCCACAUUGUGAAGGUGGUGUGUUUGAAAUACAGAAACUUCAACAUCCCUCAGUCUCUGACGAACCUCUGGAGGUACCUGAACGCAGCGUACGCCAGGGAGGAGUUCUCCUCCACCUGCCCGAUCGACGAUGAGAUCCACAUCGCCUACUCCUCUGUAGCUAAGGCUCUCAAGUAGGAGGAGAAUGGGUGGGAUAGGGGGUGGUGGUGGGUGGGGGGGGGGGGGGGUAUAUAUCAUGCAUAUAUGAGCAGAAUGACAAACAAAAGCACAAACACAGAUUAAAAAUUUACUUUUGUACGGUUUCUCUGCAAGCAACACGAUCGAGACGUUUCUCUUAAAGUACAUCUGAUGUUUUUAUAAUGUUGAAGACCUGAUUCAGUGUUUUCAGACUACACACAUGUAGUUUGUAGUUUUCUUCACCUUAAACUAGGUAUUAAAACCAUGAGCUCAGAUGUCUGACGCAAAAACAAACACAUGCACAAUAAAAAAAAACAAACACAUUAAACCCUGUUCAAAUUUGUUUUGCUGACGGGGAGAUGAGGAAACGUCUGUUGGCUCGUCGAUCGCGUCGCUUGCAGGAACGUUUUCACCUUUUUAAUGGCCACCUUGCUUUGUGUACAGUUUCACUAUCGGUAGAGACACGGAUGCUUUUCUUUGUUCAACUCUUCCUCGUCAUGUCUUGGGGAGUUUUUGACAGACACGAAGCUGCCUGCUUUUACCUUGCGAGCCACAUAGGGGCUGAUUCAACUCAUUCAUUUCUUCUGAUUAAGGAAGUGAUAUUUGCAUACCAGCGCCGACUCGCCUGCCAAAGAGUCUUUUGUGAUUUAUCUGUUAUGACAACAGCUUUCACAUUAACCUUUCUUUCAUUUCUGAGGGAACAAGGCCUUUUACAGUUAAUAAUACAGUUUUCUAAGUGUUUUAUUCUUCAUAGUGCACCUCAAAGAGGGAGGGGGUCUCACUGUGAGGAGGGAGAGCUGAGAACAGUUAGAGACAGGAAACUGUUUCAAUAGACCCGGGCUUCCUCUUUCUGUGCUCCCAUAGCAGGCGUGAAGGAUUAUUCAAGAUUACCAAGCUUGUGCGUGAUCCGCCGUGAGGGCCCAACGCCAACAAUGUAUUUAGUUCUGCUCAUCGUGUGUGGAAGGAGGCUGUGAGUGCAUUGAAGCGACUGUGGAUGAAGAGAUGAAGCUCUCCCAUCAGCCUCCUCCUGCAGCAUGUCCAAGGCUUAUGCUAUGUCGCAUUCAUGAGGGGGGGGGGGGUUAAAAGGCAGGAAGUUUAGUGUAAACAUGAGCAAUGUUUAAACUGAAAAUAGCUUCGAUAGGCUCUCUUAUAACUGGUUCAUAGUUCGUUAAAGAGUAAGGCCGGGAUCCUUUUAUAUUUUCCUCAAUGUCAACAAAUCCCAUGAAAACAGGCAGUUUUUUGUUUUUUUUUAAUACCUCCAGACUUCAUUAACCUGUCUGUGCCCUCAGCGGGUCAAAACACCAUAUAGCCUUUUUAUUGGUAUAAAUGAAGGAAUUAAAAAGUAAAGGCUUAAUAUUUUCCCAGACCAGCUGGGACGUCAGUAAACUCAAUCAGGAGUAAACAGUGCAUUUAUUGGGGCCUAUUUUUAACUGCGGAUUAAUACACAUUUAGAGUCUGGGCUCGAAAAGAAAUGUCUUUAAUGUUAAUUGGUAAAUGUUAGAUGGUAAAUGUACAUGCUAACACACAUGUACAAUGUACGUGCUAACACACCAAAUAAAGUUGGUGAUGUUGGCUAAUGGUUCUCCGGCUACAUGUUAGCAUGUUCAUAUUAGCAUUUAGCUCAAGUACAGCCUCAUUAGGUGGAAGUCUGUUACCAAUACCACUGAAAUUCAUUAAGUCUCAGUACCUUUGUGUUGAAUUAAAUCAGUUUAAAAUGUUAUAUUUUGUAAAUUGUGUGUUGUGACUACAAAACUGCUACUAAACUUUUUUUAUUGUCACUAUUUUCAGUAGCUUUGACUUUUCUGCUACUAAAUCUUUGCAUCGACUUGGCUCUGAAAUCAUUCCUUACACUUGUUGAUGUUUUCACGGGACUUGUUGACAUUAAAAAUGUGUUGUUACCAUCCUUUAAAGGCCUUUAGAGAUGUAAGACUGACCCUUCACUGUCCACGCCUGGAAGUCUUAGUCUGAACUUUGUGUGACUUGAAAUGAACUCAUUGGGAGGAACUGGAACUAAUAAGAACUCGUUUUUACUGCAAGUAAUUGUGCAAAUUAGCAUUUAUUGAGGACUUGUUGUUGUGUCUCACAGAUAAGUGUGAAGGAUGUUUUAAAAAAAUAAACCUAAGUGCAAUUUAAAGGGAUUUAAAAAGACAAUCUUGUAUCCUGAGUUGGGAAAAAAAUGUGUGUAAGCAAAGUUUUUCUACAGAAAUUUAAUCUUGAUGAUGAUGUUUUUACUUGACCGAAUUAUUGUGGAUUUUAUCUUUAAUUUUGGAAGUGGACCAAUGUUUCAAAGGGAAGGAGUCUGAAUAUUUUCAGCGAUAAUGUGUUGUUGUAGAACCUUUGUUCACUUUUAACUGUAGGACUUGAUACAGUUUCAGGGACCAUUUAACACAUUAAACUCAUUAAAUGUAACGUUUGUUUGCAUAUUUUCUUUUUCACUUCACUGUUGUUAAACUCAUAUCGAGCUUUUCUCUUUGCAUUUCCCUACAAAAUAUUUUAGCCUUUAGCUUUGUUUUUUUUAUUCAUGUAGUAAAAAGCAGCUGCACUUAAAAGCCCACAGGAUCUAAACGGUGAUGUGGAAGCUAAAUCAGUAAAUCGACAAUCAAAGACAAUCAAACUAAUAACACGGCUGAAAUGUAUUUUCUACUUAAAAGACACAUUUAUUACUGGUCUAAUAAAAUAACUUGACAAUAAAUCAUUCGGUG